GUGCUAAAAAUGCUAAAAACGUGUUAGCAUCAUGAUAACACAUGCUAGCAUCGCCUAGCGAAGUGCUAAAACAUGCUAAAAAUGUGCUAGCAUCAUGCGAACACAUGCUAGCAUCACCUAGCGAAGUGCUAAAAGAUGCUAAAAACGUGUUAGCAUCAUGCUAACACAUGCUAGCAUAGCCUAGUGAAGUGCUAAAACAUGCUAGCAUCGCCUAGCGUAGUGUUAAAACAUGCUAAAAACGUGCUAGCAUCAUGCUAACACAUUUUAGCUUCACCUAGCAAAGUGCUAAAACAUGCUAAAAACGUGUCUAUCUAUCUAUGUAUCUAUCUGAGUGUCUAUCUCUAUAUCUAUCUAUCUAUCUAGCAACUAAAUUAAACUUUAAACUACUUUAAACUACAAACUACUUUAAACUUUAAACUAGUUUAAACUACAAACUAAUUUAAACUUUAAACUACUUUAAACUAUAAACUACUUUAAACAAAUUUAAACUUCAAACUACUUUAAACUUCUUCAAACUUUCUGGUCCAAACUUUCACAAGCCAACUUAAAGUUUGUCUCGACCGAACUUUUUUUCUAGUUUAUUAUUUACUGUUCAUUACAUCAGCACAAAGAAAAAAAUCAUAACAGCCAAUAGAACAAAAAUCUAAAACCUCAAACUUGUGUGUUGUGUGUGCUUUGCCUCCUUCGAGCUUGGUAUCUUCUGAUUGGCCCAUUGAUCUGGCUCAGUGUAUUGAACUAAAUUGCAGUUGCUACCUGUUGGCAUUGAGUCAAGCAUUCAGUUAAUGUUGUACUCCUUGUUUAGUGGGUGUUACAUUUGCCUCUUCUGACUCAUGACAGGCGAACAAUACUAUUUAUUUUCAAUGUCUUCAAACCAGCUAUGCGCCCUCAUGGUAACGUGGCAAUAACAAUUACCAAGUUUCGUUUCAAUACACCAAGCCGUUGCCAAGAUACAACCUCACUUCCUGUUUGGUUUCCUCGUCAUCAAAUUUGUUGCGUUACAUGUGAAUGGUUUGGUAUUUUAAAACAAAUCUUUAAAGACCUUUUGACCACUGUGGUCUAAAAUGGUAAAUGGUAAAAAUGGUCUGCAUUUGUAUAGCGCCUUUUUUAACAUUAGAGGUUACCAAAGCGCUCUAUACUGUGUCCCAUUCACACAUUCACCCAUUCACACACUCACACUCAUACACCAAUGGUGGCAGAGCCACAUCUCCACACUGAUUACAUCUCCACACUGGCCUGUGAACGCCUCGGGGUCCCCCAGUCAGAGCUGGUUAAUGUGGCUCGGGAUAGGGAAGUUUGGGGCCCCCUGCUGGAGGUGAUGCCCCUGCGACCCGAUAUCGGAUAAGCGUCUGAAGAUGGAUGGAUGGAUGAAUGUUAAUUUUAUGCUAACACAUUUUGAGGUCCCGGUCAUUUUAAAAAAAUGACCGGCGCACUAAGAUCGUUUAUAAAUCUCUCAUAUUGCAUAUAUUAUCACAAGAUAUUGCAUUAGAUCUUUUUAUCAACUUAUUUUUCAGUAAUUAUGACUGGUUUUGCGCUCCUUUUUUGAAGGCUGCGUGCUAGGUAGGAUGCGUCCUUUGAAGGCUGCAUUAUACCGAGCGUCCUUAAACAAGCCUAGGACAAACGGAAACGGAAUGUAACAUGGUUGCUAUGACAGCACGCCACACUUUAACAGGCCGAGCGCUUUGAGUGAGAAUGUAACAAAUUCCCUUUAGAAGGGAAUGUAUGUGGUAGAAAUUAAGAGAGUUAUAAUGAUGUAAUAUAUACAUGGAGUGGUGGUGGCGUAGUGGGAUAAAGCACAUAACUGGUAAUCAGAAGGUCACUGGUUCGAUCCCCACAGUCACCACCAUUGUGUCCUUGAGUAAGACACUUAACUCCAGGUUGCUCCGGGGGGAUUGUCCCUGUAAUAAGUGCACUGUAAGUCGCUUUGGAUAAAAGCGUCUCCCUAAUGCAUAAAUGUAAAUGUAAUUAUACAUAUUAAAUACUCUGCACACAUCUACUGAGGUACAUCAAAUUGAAAAUGAACAUUCCUUGCAUUUGAACAUCAUAUUUACAGGCAAAUUGGUGUUCAUUUUUAGACAUUUCAGUUGAAGCAAAGAAUUGUGGGUUGUGAGUGCCCACGAAGGUUACACCUCAUGCAUCCUCCGAACUGAAACGAGAUAGCCUCUGACGUAUGCGGCCGACAAAUGCGACCUCCGGAGGACGCAUCCUUCCAAGCGAGACACAGCCAUAAUUGUCGGGGUCAAUAUAAUUGUAAUAAGAAAGCGCCUUUAUUAGCAACUAAAUUAAAAAUGACUGAAAUUGCUUGAGUCUGAAUACUCAAUUUAUACUUUAUUUAUACUGACAUUGGUUUUGGGCUAAUGUUUACAUUUUUGCAACAGGUGAAGUCACUUCAAUGCAAAUUCAAAUAUUUAUUUAUUUAUUAUUUCUAUCGAUGAAGCUUUUAGGGAGAGAUUUUUUCCAUUAUUUUCAUGCUGUUCCAUUCCCGUUCCAUACAUUUUACUUUCAUUCCUCUGCGCAACACAACAGGAGAUGAUAUGCAGUGUGUUAGCCUCAGUCAACAUUCACAGCAUCUUUUAAAAUCCUAUGAAAGUGAAUGGUGACUGAGAUUAACAUUCUGUCUGCUAUGUUGUCUUUCACAGAUUAAAGAGGUUUAUUCUGAUUAUACAGGUUUAAAACAACAUGAGGAUGAGUAAAUUAUGACCAAAUUUUAAUUUUUGGUGAACCAUCACUUUCAGGUCUGUCAAAGACAAUAUGAGCACCUCUGUCAUGUGACUGACCUUCCCUUUUCAGAAACCUGUUGUACUGGUUAUCACUGAUAACAACAAACUAAUCCUCAUUUGCAAGAAGUAGGACUAAUAGGACUAAACUCCACUUAAUGUCAGCUCUUUACCAUUUUUAUCAAUCAUACUGUUUUAGGAGUGUGUAACCAUGCCUUUGCUCUUCAACUGGAUCCUCACACUGAUUUUUGCAUUUUACAUCAGAGUUUUACAAAUAGAAGGUUUCCACAAUUUAGAUCUGAGGGUCCUGAUUGUUGGAGGCAGAAAUUCUGCUCCUCCUUCAGUUGUAAACACUCUCCUCGGCAGGAAAGACCAACGACAGGAGGACAGACAGAUGAUGAAGAGUGAAGUCAUGACAGAUGAGGGUCGUGCAAUGAUGCUGGUCACUGGACCAAACCUCUGUGAGAAGAAUCCAGCGAGUCGGGACUUUAAAACCGUUCUGACUCUCUCUUCUCCUGGACCUCAUGCUGUUCUGAUCACCCUCGAUCUGGAAGAUCUACAAUCUGAAGAGUGUGAUCUCCUCCAACAAGUCCAGGAGCUGCUGGGAACACAAGUUCUGCGGUACUGCAUCGUUCUUCUGCUCCAGAACGACCCGGAGAAACCUGACAGAAACACGGAGAGAGUUGGGGAAAUCAUCGACGCGUGUCGAGGCCGAUUUCACAUCAUCACCGACUCUGAACCGAAACCUGCUCAAACUACAGCUCUUCUAGAGGAAAUACACAAGUUAGUUUGGCUCAACGGAGAAACAUUUUACUCAACGUUGAACGAGAUGCAACAGUUAGAAACAGAACGGCUGGAGCUUUUGGAAAGACUUGAAGAUGAAGCCAGUCGAGAUUCGGUGCGACACUCUCAGUGA